GAUCGUAAUGAUAGAAGACGAGGACCUACAUGCUUUAAUUGUAACGAGAUAGGCCAUUAUGCCAAUCAGUUGUCGUGGCCUAGGAGGUAUGGGGGCGCGGCGCGCCCGUCAACAUCCACAGAUUCCCUAAGGUAAAUGUCCCCACGACGCGGGGAUUGGAGACGGGAACCAAUCACGCAGUUGGAUCAGGGGGUGACCCAGCAGAUCAGUGAGCUGGGUAGAAGCGUCGCGACCAUGAAGCAACACUUUGAGGAGGAAUGGACACGUAAGGAGAACUGUAUAAGGCGGAAGCAGGAGAAGGAGGAGGAGAAGCGACGUGAAGAGGAGAUGCGGAUCCGUGAAGCAGAGGAAAGGGCGAUUCAAGUGAAGAAGGCCAGGAAGAAGGAAAGACGAAGGCGGGAAGCGGAAAGCCGCGCAAAAUUGAAGAAGGAUUUGAGCAUGCAAAUGGUGAUGCAACUUAGCGAGUUGGAAGACAAGAACACCUGGCCAGAUCUGUGGGCGGGCGCGCACGUGCACGCGCACGCGCGCGCGCGCUCGCAGUUGAUUGACGAAGUGGAGAGUCAGGCGCGCCGUCGUCCGAAUCUCUCGCGGCGGCCAGCUACCGGAAGCGCCUCGGUUGUCUGCGGUCGGCGUUUCCGAGGGGGUGUCCAGCGCUGUCGCUGGUGUCCGCCGCCGCCAUUUGCGCGCGCGAUUGCGACAGCAGCGCAGCUGAGACUCCGCUUCGUCCAGCCUGCUGCUCCGCUCUGUUGCGCACUUGCGGAGAGAUCCACACCUGCGUAGCUAGACUUCAUCGCUCUCUCUCUCUGUCUCUCUCUCUCUCUCUCCGUGUCUCUCUCUGUUGGACUCUUCCCUGGGGAGAAGGCUUGGAGGGUAGGUGCAAAGGACCGGCGGAAGGCAGAGAAAGUGAGGGGAAGAGAGAGAGAGAAAAGAGGAGGAAGAGCGGGGGAAAGGGAGGGAGGGUGUGUGUGCAAGCAGCACGAGAGGAGUAGCAGGAAGAGAGGAGGAGGAGGAGGAGGAGGAGGAGGAGGAAGAGGAGCAAAGGAGGAGGGGUAAUCGAAGUUCGGACUUGAGCAAUGAGUGCGGCGGCGGGGAGCUCGAAGCCGGAGUAUUGGGCAAUGGCAACCUUAGGCCUUGUGCAAGAUUGCACGGCGUAUAAGAAGACGAAGCGAGCGACCAGUAAUAUCUUGCGGGCGACCCAGAAAUCUAUUCGAGGGACCGGUCGUGCGGCAUGGAUCGCCGGGACCUCCUUUUUGGUACUGGUCCUUCCUCUCUUGAUAGAGAUGGACCGCGAGCAGCAACUGGUCGAUAUGGAGAAUCAGCAGGCCUCGCUUCUGGUUGGCCAAACGUCAACAACGACUAAGUAGUGAUGACGAUGCAGCCCCCGCCGCCUCCUACUUCCUUUCCUGUUACAGACUUUUAUCUAGCCAUUCAACCUUGGAUUUCCUAUUAUGGCAAUCAAUCCAUGGCACCACC